CAUAUAGGGGCAGUCUAUCUGGUUACUUUCAUCAAACUAUCUGAAGUGACAGUGAAGCCAAUAUGGCAGCGCGCAUGGUUCAAAAACAAACGUGAAGGUCUUUUUCGCGUGUACGUGAACAUAUAUUAUCCCACUAGCAGGCAAAGGGGACGGACAGACGUGUGGCAGGCCAGACACAUAGACAAUAUGUCUAAGAUAUCUAAAGCGGCCAAGGCAGUGAAAAAGUUGGACACUGGAGGCGUCAUCAGAGCAAUUGUAAGGUCUGGACAGGCGGCUCCUGGGCCUCCACUGGGCCCCAUCCUGGGACAGAAAGGGAUUCCCAUCGGGGCCUUCUGUAAAGACUUCAAUGAGAAAACCAAAGACCUCAAAGAAGGCAUCCCUCUUCCCAUCAAGAUCAAUGUGAAGUCGGACAGGACGUAUGACCUGAAAAUUGGGCAGCCCACUGUGUCUUACUUCUUGAAACAGGCCGCCGGCAUUGAAAAAGGAGCCGGAAAGACUGGGCAUGAGAUCGCAGGUAUGGUGACCGUGAGUGCCGUAUAUGAGAUUGCACAGGUCAAAUCGCAGGAUGACAGCUUUAAGCUGCAGGACACCUCCAUGCAGAACGUUGUCAAGAGCAUCAUCGGUUCAGCCAGAUCCCUCGGCAUCAAAAUCGUCAAUGACCUGUCACCAGUGGAGUACGGGGAGUUUCUCCGAGAGCGUGAGCAGAGACUGAAGGCAGAAGCGGAGGCAGCCGCUGCUGAGGCAGCACUAGUAAAGAAGAAAUGAAGAGCUGCUGUGUGCUAGUUAUUUAUCAGUACAAAACCCCCAUUCACACGGAUUCGUCCCACUAUUCCGGAUGUGUUUUUCUAAUAAAAUUCUGCUGUUUUGCAUCCAA